CCUUAACGGUGGACCAUUCUCAAUCAAUGCUAUUAUUAUUUUUCUCUAGAAACUAUUUCCCUUGGCUAUGCACGCUUGUGCUUUGCUCUACUCUCUUUGCCUUUGGCCGAAAGGUUGUCAACGAGAGUUUUUGGGUCACUAAAAACUCAACCAGGUUGAACGCUUCACUGGAGCAUUUUAAAUCACCGCUGACCCCCAAUUUUUUUUUUUUUCUUCAAUCGACACAAGCAAGCUGUCAAGCGAAAUCAUGAAGCCCAUGGCCAUGAAAGCAAGAACAAGCGUCUUCGAAAUAUAUAGAAUGGCGCAGAGGAGCUACACCAAUCAGCUCAUAUGCACAAGAGCCGCUUCUUCAAUGGCUCACAAACGUCCAACACAGGAGAAGCGGAAGCUGGUAUUCGACAAUCGAUCGCCUUCAUUACAAGAUUUUCUCGUUCAGGCAAAUGCAUCGCAAUCACUCGAGCCAUUAUCAGGCUCGGCUGUAUCCCCUGAUCAAAUACCUUAUCUCAAUGUCAUUGGCCCAAGCUUGGGUCGUGGUCGAAAAUUUUACAUAGAAGUUUAUGGAUGUCAGAUGAAUUUCAAUGAUACGGAGAUUCUCAACAGCAUCCUCACUAAUUCCGGUUAUGUGAGAACAUCAACCAUAGAGGACGCCAAUGUUGUGUUUUUAGUGACAUGUGCAAUUCGAGAAAAUGCAGAAACUCGUAUUUGGGAACGAUUGAAGUUCUUGCGGCAUUACCGAACAAAAGUGAACAAGGACCCACCGCCCAUGGUUGGCGUAUUAGGAUGCAUGGCAGAGCGAUUGAAAUCAAAGCUACUCGAACAAGACAGGCUGGUUGAUAUUGUGUGCGGUCCAGAUGCUUAUCGUUCUAUUCCCCAUCUUAUCUCGCUGGCCGAGACCAAGGACGGAGUGGCCAAUGUCAUGCUCUCUGCCGAUGAGACAUAUGCCGAUGUGAUGCCCAUGCGCUUGGAUAAGGAUAGCGUCAGUGGCUGGGUGUCUGUAAUGCGUGGCUGUAACAACAUGUGUAGUUUCUGCAUUGUUCCCUUUACAAGAGGUAACGAGCGAAGUCGACCCAUCGAAACCAUUCUUAAUGAGGUCAGAUAUCUCAACGAACAAGGUGUCAAAGAAGUUACACUGCUUGGCCAAAAUGUCAAUUCUUAUAGAGACACAUCGGAUACAACAGUAUAUGGCACCGACAUCGGUUCACAACUGAGUAAUUCCGGAUUUAACACCAUCUACAAACGUAAAGCUGGAGGAGUUCGGUUCACUGAGCUAUUGGACCGUGUCAGCUUAAUUAAUCCAGAAAUGCGUAUCCGGUUUACAUCGCCACAUCCAAAAGACUUUCCGGUGGAUCUAUUACAUUUAAUUUCUGAGCGACCUAAUAUUUGUAACUCGGUCCACAUGCCCAUCCAAUCUGGCAGCACCAGCAUGAUCGGUCGUAUGCGCCGUGGCUACUCGCGUGAAGCCUACUUAGAGCUCGUGGACACUAUGCGGAAAAUUAUACCCAACGUCUGGAUUAGCAGUGAUUUUAUUACCGGAUUUUGCGAUGAAACAGAAGAAGAGCAUCGGGACACUGUGACGUUGAUGGAAGAGGUCGGAUAUGACAUGGCCUUCAUGUUUGCCUACUCUAUGCGGGAGAAAACGCAUGCCCAUCGGAAAUAUACUGACAAUGUGCCUGACGACGUCAAAGCCCGUAGGUUGAAUGAGAUCAUUCAGACCUUCCACAGGGUUGCGCAAGGCAAAACCAAACUUUUGAUAGGAUCAGAACAGCAUGUGCUUGUAGACUCGGAUGUUCCCAAAGUGAAGAACGGUGUUACCACUGUGUUCAGCGGCCGUACCGAUGGUGGCCAUAAGGUCUUUUUGGAAGGAGAUGGCAGUGGAAUUCAAAAGGGCGACUAUGUAACCGUUAAGAUCCGAGAUGCCUCUAGCGUUAGUCUUCGCGGUCAAGUUGUGAAGAAGCAAUCCGUUGCGGAGUUUGCACGUUCCCAGAGGGACUGAAGUCAUACAAUCAAAAUAAAAAAUGUCUAAAUUUCUUGCCCUAGUCUAACAGAACUC